AGGGACAUAGGUUGGGCUUGAUGAUCUCAGAGCUCUUUUCCAUCCUCAGUGCUCCUGGGAUUCUGUACUGGCAUCCUCAUUUGUGUCCUGAGCUGUUGAGGGCAGAGGAGACUUUGUGUCACCCUCAGGCCUCUUCCCUGAAAGCUGGAACUUGACGUGGCAAAACCAAGUCCCAGUUUGACCCUUCAAUACGUGUGUGAGGGACAAUCUCAGCGCUGCAGGGUCCUUGGGGACCUUGCCUCCAGCAGAGAUGAUGGUGUCCCGGUGCUGUGCUCAGUUUGGAAGUGUGCUUUUUCCAAACUCUUUAACCUAGAGUUCCUCUCCUGGCAGAGUUAUUUCCCUCUUGUAGACAUCCCCUGUCCACGGGGGAGGCCAUCUCUGUCCCUUGUGCUCACAGCUUCUUGUCCCAGCUUUUUGUCCCAGCUUUUUGUCCCCUCUGCCAGUGACUCUUGAUGGAAGAACACGGAGUGACCCAGGCGGAGCACAUGGCUACCAUCGAGGCGCACGCCGUGGCCCAGCAGGUGCAGCAGGUGCACGUGGCCACCUACACGGAGCACAGCAUGCUGAGCGCCGACGAGGACUCGCCCUCCUCGCCCGAGGACACCUCCUACGACGACUCCGACAUCCUCAACUCCACGGCGGCCGACGAGGUCACCGCUCACCUGGCGGCUGCAGGCCCUGUGGGGAUGGCAGCAGCUGCUGCUGUGGCAACGGGGAAGAAGAGGAAGCGGCCUCACGUUUUCGAGUCCAACCCCUCCAUCAGGAAGAGGCAGCAGACUCGUUUGCUCAGGAAGCUCCGGGCCACGCUGGACGAGUACACCACCAGAGUGGGGCAGCAGGCCAUCGUCCUGUGCAUCUCACCCUCCAAACCCAACCCUGUCUUCAAAGUAUUCGGUGCUGCACCCUUGGAGAAUGUGGUACGCAAGUACAAGAGCACCAUCCUGGAAGACCUGGAGUCGGCGCUGGCCGAGCACGCCCCGGCCCCUCAGGAGGUCAACUCAGAGCUGCCACCCCUCACCAUCGAUGGCAUCCCUGUCUCCGUGGACAAGAUGACCCAGGCACAGCUGAGAGCCUUCAUCCCCGAGAUGCUGAAGUAUUCCACGGGUCGUGGGAAGCCAGGCUGGGGCAAGGAGAGCUGCAAGCCCAUCUGGUGGCCCGAGGACAUUCCGUGGGCCAACGUCCGCAGCGACGUCCGCACGGAGGAGCAGAAGCAGCGGGUGUCCUGGACCCAGGCCCUGAGGACCAUCGUGAAGAACUGCUACAAGCAGCACGGGCGCGAGGACCUGCUCUACGCCUUCGAGGACCAGCAGACCCCGCAGACCACGACCACGCACAGCAUCGCCCACCUGGUGCCCUCCCAGACCGUGGUACAAACCUUCAGCAACCCCGACGGCACCGUGUCCCUCAUCCAGGUUGGCACGGGUGCCACGGUGGCCACGCUGGCCGACGCCUCCGAGCUGCCCACCACGGUGACCGUGGCACAGGUCAAUUACUCUGCAGUGGCUGACGGAGAGGUGGAGCAGAACUGGGCGACGCUACAGGGCGGGGAGAUGACCAUCCAGACGACGCAGGCCUCGGAGGCCACGCAGGCGGUGGCUUCCUUAGCGGAGGCGGCGGUGGCGGCGUCGCAGGAGAUGCAGCAGGGAGCCACUGUCACCAUGGCACUCAACAGUGAAGCCGCUGCCCACGCCGUAGCCACGCUGGCCGAGGCCACCCUUCAAGGAGGGGGACAGAUUGUCCUGUCUGGGGAAACUGCUGCAGCGGUGGGGGCACUCACAGGAGUCCAGGAUGCCAAUGGGCUCGUGCAGAUCCCGGUCAGCAUGUACCAGACGGUGGUGACCAGCCUGGCGCAGGGCAACGGCCCGGUGCAGGUGGCCAUGGCGCCGGUGACCACGCGGAUAGCGGACACGGCCGUCACCAUGGACGGGCAGGCGGUGGAGGUGGUGACCUUGGAUCAGUGACCUCGGAGCAGCGGCGUCCCGCCCGUCCUCCGCUCUUUUUUUUUUUUAUGCCUCUCCAGAGAUGCAAUCAGGUGGCAUUUGAGUCU